CAGUACGUUGACGUCACUUGCGCUGUGCACUCGUUUGUUCGUUUCGUUCGAUCCGUCUUCGUGGGUGCGUUUUCUUUUUGCUAAGGAGUUAUCAGAAUCGUUGGUGAUCCGUAUUUCCGGAAAGAAAAAAAAUCGCGUUUGCCUGUUCAGUGGAAAAUUAGGUGCUACACUCUCGCAAAAAGCAGACAAAACAGAAAGUGUCUUCUCAAGCCCAGAGGUUGAUUCAGGAAAAUAGCUUCCCGACAACCGUCCAUUUUUGUCUCGGGAACACACAAUAUGAAAUAUUUUUUGUCGAAGAUCGUUUAAUGAAGGAUUUGAGUGCUGUUGCGUACUGAAGAGAAGAACAAGGUUUUUCUCGUGCAGUCGUCCGUCAAAUUUAUCAUUUCGUGCUUACAGCUCACCAAGGAUUAUAGUAAAACAUGAAUAGGUGAUUCGGGAACAUCUGGCCGUGAACGGAGAUGAAGGCAGUUCGCAAAUUGUAAUCCAUCAUAGUGUAUUUACGAUUGAUAUUAGAAAGUGGUGUUCGAUAAAAUUAUAAAAGUUCGGUGGAUCCACUGCAGAAGCAGAUUGAGCGAGGAUUGCCCUGUGUGCGUGCCUCGGUGAAUUCCGAAAGGAAAGGAAGCAAAGAAAAAAAUAAAACGGUGCCCCCCUCAGUGUUGCAUUGGUGUUUGUGGAAGAGCUGUGUGUUUUGUGAAGAAGCUCUGCUGUGCUCCGGUGGCAAGUAGAUUCCAAGUUUGUCCAAAAAGAGCCCAUCAUCGUCGUCGAUACACCAAUCCACAUUGAUAGAUAUUGUGAGAGAGCAAGAGUGAUUCCUCUGAGGGUACGGUUAGUGAGGAAUAGUGUUUUGCAAGUUUAGAUUAUCCGUGGUACGAAUCUGUUUCGGCAAAUCGUGGUGAACAACUAGUCUUCAAGGCUAGAACUCCGGGAUCAACAGCCGCCCCAUCAUUGAAUACAAAACCGGUCAAAAUAGAAGACAACGGGAGCAUUAGCAGCAGUUGCAGCUUUAGCAGCAGCACCGAAAUGAUAAAAAUGGAGACCGAUAAAAUUAUGGACGACACUACGACGAACAACAGCAGCCCACAGUUCACCACCUCGAUACUGUACGAUCCAGCGCGGAAGAAAGAACCUUCGCAGUCAUUCCAGACCGAACGUGAUGCCUGUCUCUCCUAUUUCGCCAAAUGGAACGAAGCAGAUCAGGUGGACUUUGUCGAGCAGCUCCUGUCCCGCAUGUGCCAUUACCAGCACGGCCACAUCAAUGCCUACCUGAAACCGAUGCUGCAGCGUGACUUCAUCACACUAUUACCAACUAAGGGAUUAGACCAUGUGGCAGAAAAUAUCCUCUCCUACCUAGACGCCAAAUCCCUCUGUAGAGCGGAACGGGUUUGCAAAGAAUGGUCCCGCGUCAUAUCGGAGGGUAUGCUAUGGAAAAAACUAAUAGAACGAAACGUCCGUACAGAUUCCCUUUGGAGGGGUCUUGCAGAAAGGAAAGGGUGGAUCAAAUACCUGUUCAUACCGCGACCGGGCGUGACACAUCGGCCGCACAAAUUCUACCGAGAGCUGUUCCCCAAGAUCAUGAAAGACAUCGAAGCGAUCGAAACCAACUGGCGCACCGGUCAUCACAACCUGCAGCGGAUAAACUGUCGAUCGGAGAACUCCAAGGGGGUGUACUGUUUACAGUACGAUGACGACAAAAUCGUGUCCGGCCUGCGGGACAACACCAUCAAGAUUUGGGACCGCAACUCGCUGCAGUGCUGCAAGAUUUUGACUGGACACACUGGAUCGGUGCUGUGCCUUCAGUACGACGACAAGGUCAUUAUCAGCGGUUCCAGUGAUUCGACGGUACGCGUGUGGGACGUCAAUACCGGCGAUAUGGUGAAUACUUUGAUACAUCACUGUGAAGCGGUACUGCAUUUACGAUUCAACAACGGCAUGAUGGUGACCUGCUCGAAGGACCGAUCGAUUGCCGUGUGGGACAUGACGUCACCGACGGAGAUUGCUUUGCGACGGGUGUUGGUAGGGCAUCGGGCUGCAGUCAAUGUGGUGGACUUUGACGAGAAGUACAUCGUGUCGGCGUCCGGUGACCGCACGAUAAAGGUAUGGAACACCUCGACGUGCGAGUUUGUGCGUACUCUUAACGGUCAUAAGCGGGGCAUUGCAUGCCUUCAGUACCGGGAUCGACUGGUCGUGAGCGGUAGUUCAGACAAUUCUAUAAGACUUUGGGAUAUUGAGUGCGGUACCUGUUUGCGGAUUCUAGAGGGCCAUGAGGAGCUCGUUCGUUGCAUUCGUUUCGAUUCUAAGCGCAUCGUAAGCGGAGCGUACGACGGCAAAAUCAAGGUGUGGGAUCUCCAAGCUGCCUUAGACAUUCGAGCGCAAACCAACACACUGUGCUUGAAGACGUUAGUGGAACACACGGGUCGCGUGUUCCGACUACAGUUCGAUGAGUUCCAGAUUGUGAGCAGUUCACACGACGAUACCAUUCUGAUAUGGGACUUCCUCAACUGUUCGCAGAAGGAAGAUACCAGCACACCCCAAACACUGGUCCAGGUGGGCCGAAGUCCAUCACGUGAGUAUUCAUCCUCUUCCGCUGCUGGUGGCCGUGCACAGCCUCAGCAAGAGACUGACGACGACGAUGCGUAUUGAAUGUGUAGUAAUAGUAGUUGUGACCUAGUGAUAACAAGAAUCGAACGUUUGAAUAAUUUUAUGGCAACAUUAAA